GAUGGCUCGACGUCAAGAAUGGUACUACGCCCAUUUCCGGCCGUUGCUCAGGCAGAGCUGGCGAGAAAUUCGCGUGGUUUCACUUGGCAAAUCAUUAACACGCCACCGGUCCAAGGGUCACAGAUUGAAGACUGAAACCAAAAAACGGACGGCUCCAGGAAGUGCAAACAAAACGAUCGCUGCACUGAGGCAGACGCUGCGCCGCGACUCUUCUGAGGGCGACCGUUGGAAGCUUGCGCACUUGAGUCGGUGUAUUCAGAAGGACCAUGAGCAGCUGCGUUACGGACGAUCUCCGAUGUCCGGUCUGUUUGGGCGUCUUUGACGAUCCUGUCAUUCUGCCGUGCAGUCACAGCGUCUGCCGCGCGUGUGUGCAACAGUGGUGGAAGCUGAAAGGAGAUCAAAACUGUCCGGUCUGUCUGAAGUGGUGUCACUUGUCGGAUCCACCGACAAACCUCGCCCUGAGGAACCUGUGCGAGACCCUCUCGGCAGCCUCGGGGGAGUCGAAUGACAUCUGCACCUUGCAAAAGGAGAAUCACAAAUUAUUCUGCUUGGACCACCAGAAGCUGGUGUGCUUUGUCUGCAGGGAUGAGAAAAUCCACGCCGGCCACAAUUUCCUUUUCCGAAACGACGCUGUGAAAACUCUCCCUUCGGUAAAACGGAAAUACCGAAGACUGCCUUUGAUAGGUCUGUUUUUAGAUGACAGUAGAAGCGAUGGCAUGAAACAAGUGAUCCACAUCGAGGCCCAGAGGAAGCGGGUUGAAAGCAAGCCUGAGAAUGACUUCCAGGCGCCCCGUUGCGUCCUGCAAGUCAAGGUGAAGGCCAAGUCGUCUGCUCUCAAGGAGGAAAAGCAGAAGGAGAGUCGGAUGAUGGAGACGAUUGAGAAUCUCUGCAAGGAACAGACCAAUCUCUCAGCCACGAUAAUCAACACAAACGAGCACCUGACAUCCACCCUGAUUUCCUUCAUGAAGAACGUCGAGACCACAAUGACCAGAAUGCAGGAGGUCCACAACGAGCCCGUGCGGCUCCCCGCAGGAGCUGCGCUCGACCAAGUCAACCCGCUUCGUCAUCAAGUGAGUCCAGUCUGCGGCGUGGAGGGGACAUUGGAGGAUCCACCUUCAAACUCGGCCUCGAGGAACGUGUGUGAGACCCUUCCGCAACCCUCGGGGGAGUCGGAGGACUUGUGCAGCUUGCACCAGAAGAAACUCCAACUCUUCUGUUUGGAGCACCAGGAGCUGGUGUGCAUCGUCUGCACAGACACAGAACUCCACACCGGGCACAAGUUCUGUUCCCUCAGUCAAACCGUGAAAGAAGACAGAGAGAAACUUCACAAAGCCGUCCAGGAUGCGAAGGAAAGACUGCACGAUUACGACGAGAUGCGGGACAACUGCGCCGAAUACGAGGCGUACAUCGAGGUCCAGGGGGAGCAGGUGGAAGGCAAGAUUAAGAAGGAUUUGGCGGAGUUUGGUCACUUCCUUCAAGUCGAGGAGAAGGCCAGGUUGUCUGCCGUGAAGGAGGAAGAGCAGAAGAAGACUCGGGCGGUAAAGGAGAAGUUAAAGGCACUCGACAAAGAGAGGGCCGCUCUCUCCGACACGAUCAGGAGCGCAGAGGCACUGCUGAAGUCGGACCCCGUUUUCUUCCUGAAGAACUUCAAGACGGUGAUGACCCGAAUCCAGAAGCUGCCCGACAGGCCCGAGCAACUCCUACGAGGCGCUCUGCUGGAUGAAGCCAAGCACGUGGGCAACCUCAAGUUCAGAGUGUGGGAAGGAAUGAAGGAGAAGGUGUCCUACAGUCCCGUCAUUCUGGACCCAAACACGGCUCGCCCAGAACUCAGCCUGUCUGGAGAUCUGACCAGCGUGAGUUUUGGAAAAGGACAGCCGCGUCCAAGCAACCCCGAGAGGUUCAAGCGCAGCAAUGUGCUCGGUUCCGCUUUGGCCACGGGAACGCACACGUGGGAUGUGGAGGUGGGCGACAACGCUGACUGGGAAGUCGGCGUGGCGUGGGGGGACCCUUGCUCCCCAGACGCCAUGCAAACGAGGAGCAUCGGCUUUUGUCACGGCGAAUACAAACAGUUUGACGGCCCGCUCGGUUCCUGGCACCCGCCUGUGAAACUGCAGAGGAUCCGAGUUCACGUGGACACGAACGAAAGACUCAUUUCAUUCUCCGAAUCGCUGACAAACACCCCAUUAGGAAAAUCGAAUCCCGCCGCUUGGCCUCACAUGUCUGAGAACAUGAAAAUGUUUCCUUACUUUCGGACAAGGGAUACAAAUCCUCUGCGAAUAAUUCCACUCGCACCUCCAAGGCGCUUCUCAGACUGCAUCACCUAUCCAAUCGACUUAAUCCGAAGUAUGUUAGAAUUGAUUUUUUGAAUCAGACUGUACAAAACCGAUCUCAACACAAUGUAAUUCUCUUUGCAUUCUCUGCUAACUAGUUUUGUUUGUUGUCUUUUCGAUGACAAACUCGCUUAUCCACGAUCCUUUGUGACUGAUUUUUCUGCGCGCAAUAGUCACCGCUAGGUGGCAGCAACGACCCGCCCAACAGUCAUUAGACUUUGUCCUUUUUAUCUGCUUUGUAUCGUAUCGAGUUUAUCGUAUGCAGUGCCUACGUGAGGAAAUAAACA